AUGCUGUGGGUGCCACAGCUGAUGGUCCUGAUGCUGUGGAGGCUGCAGCUGAUGGUCCUGAUGCUGUGGGGGCCGCAGCUGAUGGUCCUGAUGCUGUGGGGGCCGCAGCUGAUGGUCCUGAUUCUGUGGGGGCCGCAGCUGAUGGUUCUGAUGCUGUGGGGGCCGCAGCUGGUGGUCCUGAUGCUGUGGAGGCUGCUGCUGAUGGUCCUGAUGCUGUGGGGGCUGCAGCUGAUGGUCCUGAUGCUGUGGGGGCCGCAGCUGGUGGUCCUGAUGCUGUGGAGGCUGCUGCUGAUGGUCCUGAUGCUGUGGGGGCCGCAGCUGAUGGUCCUGAUGCUGUGGGGGCCGCAGCUGAUGGUCCUGAUGCUGUGGGGGCCGCAGCUGAUGGUCCUGAUGCUGUGGGGGCCGCAGCUGAUGGUCCUGAUGCUGUGGGGGCCGCAGCUGAUGGUCCUGAUGCUGUGGGGGCCGCAGCUGAUGGUCCUGAUGCUGUGGAGGCCGCAGCUGAUGCUGAUGGUCCUGAUGCUGUGGGGGCCGCAGCUGAUGGUCCUGAUGCUGUGGGGGCCGCAGCUGAUGGUCCUGAUGCUGUGGGGGCCGCAGCUGAUGGUCCUGAUGCUGUGGGGGCCGCAGCUGAUG